UGUACUCUCCAAUUCUCUCUGGAAUUGCUCACUCUUCUCUCAAGUUCUCUCUGGAACUUAAACAACUCUCUCUCUUGGAGUUUUCUCUCAAUUCUCCUCACUUGGGAGGAUUGAGAUUGCUCUCUUGGCUUGGUUAUCAUGGAACGGUAAGGAGCCUAUUUAUAGGCUUACAAGGCCACAAUUUUCAACAUCUUAGCCCACAAUUGUUGAUCGGUGCAGCAUGUCAACAAUGGUGGCUGUCAACAAUGGUGGCUGUGGUUGGUGCGGCUGUGGUUGGUGAGGUUGGUGUGGUUGGUGCGGCUGGACUUCACAAACUUGUGGCAGCAAGAAUAAUUAUUUCUGCAGCAAAACCGCCUGUUGGCACUUCCUGUUUCACCAUCGACUCCAUAGAUUCCUCCAAUAUUUCCAUUCAUGCAAUCUGUGCUUCACCCAGAUCACUCUUUAUACUUUCCAGCCAUGGAGCAAGAGUCUACCUCUGUGGGACCGAGAAUCACAAUUGCUACUUCAGCCCCAUCAAUCUGCUUCUCAGACCAUUUUGUUCCUAAGCCAACCAGGGGUAGGUCAACAGUGACUAUUCAAGAGAUACAAGAGGAAAAAACUGAAGAAGCACCUGAGUAUUCUACAUCUGUAGUUUCAAAUCCGUUUCUCCUCAGUAACAGCGGUUCUAAACCACAAGUCCAGGAACCAGUUCAGGAGGAUGACGGACAGAGAAGGUUUGGUGAUGGGAGGUCAAAAACUGGAAAUGCGAAUGUAGAAGGGAACCAAACGGGGCAAUUUGAAUGGGCUUAUCCUAGGAUCAUGGAUUCCGGAUUUAAGCCAGUUGACUUCCGAUUGCAAAAUUCAUGCAGUAUUGACUCUUCUAAGCCUAGUCUGAGACACCAAAAAUAUGUCAAAAGCAAGUUCAGAGCUUGGUAAGCUUCAGAAAUGAUGCCAGGUACAGACACUCUAAAAGUCUUUUCAUUUAGUUUUUCAUAGUUUCAACAAGAAAUAUGGUGGUUAAUAAGGAGCUAAUGUUUCGACAAAAGUGAUUAGAAUAAACGAUAUAUCUCUGUACAAAUUGGAUAGUUAUAUUUUUUUAUCUUAAUCAGGACUGAAACAUUCAUUCUGAUUUUUACUAUGUAUAAAGUGCGAUAUAUAUAUAUAUAUAUAUAUUUUU